AUGGCGGGUUACGAACAUCAGCAAGGCUCCGGCAGCGGUGGUAAUUCUUCUCGCUACGUUCAUCAGCUUCUCACACCACCGACGGACCUCCACUUGCAGCAGAGGCCGCCGCCGUUGCCUUCUUCUCGUCUUGAAAUUCAUCACGAGCCGUCUGCUAAUUCCAAGGACGACGACGCCGCCGCUACCACCAGCUCCGGGGGUACUCCCUCCGCCAACCGCCGCCCGCGCGGUCGUCCUCCGGGAUCCAAGAACAAGCCCAAGCCCCCAAUUAUCGUCACGCGCGACAGCCCCAACGCGCUCCGAUCCCACGUCCUCGAAAUCUCACUCCAGCUGACGCGUGCGCGGAGACGACGGCGGCGGCGGCGGCGGCGGCAGAAUCCUCCUUACUCUCCUGUUGAGCUUUCUCCUGUUGAGAUUUCUCACUAA